UUGCUCUGCCUCACUCCUCAAGUGUCAUGAAGCGUGUUGGCUUUAUUUAAAGACUAUCCGGAACUUCUGCCAAUGCCACUCUCAGGACUGCUUGACUGUGUCGAAGAUGUCCUGCUCCAGCCUGUGUGCCCCUGCCUGCGGUGUGGCCGCCCCGGCCCCACUGGCUAACAGCUUCAAUGAGCCCUGCGUGCGCCAGUGCCCUGACUCCACCGUGGUGAUCCAACCCCCGGCCACCGUGGUCACCUUCCCCGGGCCCAUCCUCAGCUCCUUCCCACAGAGCUCCGUGGUUGGCUCAGCAGGAGUCCCCGCUGUUGGAUCGGGCUUGGGUGGCAGCUUUGGACGUAGUGCCGGCUUUGGGGGCUAUGGAGGCUCUUCUGGCCUUGGGGGCUUUGGGGGCUAUGGAGGCUUUGGCAGCUGCGGAUAUGGCAGCUGGGGCCGAGGUCUUGGGUCCCUCGGGGGCAGCUGCGGGCCCUGCUAAGCACAGCACGGCCUCCUGCCCUGGUCAAAGGGAAGCUCCGGAGAAGUCCUAGUACAUCCCCACCUGAUGCCAUGAAAAAGUGUUUCCCUUCGGCACUGCUGGGCUCUGGUGCUUGGACACCUUGUACCUGCACGGGGACCAGCAC